AGGGCCAGGAGUGAAGGUGGACGGCUAGGCGUGCCUGUCCAUUGGUGCAUGCCACUUCCAGCCGGGCUGAGCUGUUGGACCUGGGAUCGGGAACUGGCCCCCAAGGGAUCCUGCUCUCUUUAACUUUAAGCCUCAAUUUGCAGCAGUCCCAGAGCUUCGCCCCUCCCUGGCGUGCCUGUGGGGGUUAGCAUGUGAUUGUCCGCACUCCCUCUGCUGGGGGUGCACCGGCCGGGGCCUGGCCAGGUGGCCAUGGCUGAUGAGAAGACCUUCCGCAUUGGCUUCAUUGUGCUGGGGCUGUUCCUGCUGUCCCUCGGCACCUUCCUCAUGAGCCACGAUCGGCCCCAGGUCUACGGCACCUUCUACGCCAUGGGCAGUGUCAUGGUGAUGGGAGGCGUUAUCUGGAGCAUGUGCCAGUGCUACCCCAAGAUCGCCUUCGUACCUGCGGACUCCGACUUCCAAGGCAUCCUGUCCCCGAAGCCCCUGGGCCUGUUGGAGAAUGGGCUUGCCCCAGAGGUGAAGAGCCCCCAGGCCCCCUACGUCAGGCUGUGGGAGGAGGCGGCCUACGACCAGAGCCUGCCUGACUUCAGCCAUAUCCAGAUGAAGGUCCUGGGCCAUAGCGAGGAUCCUCGCCCACUGCUGGCCCCUGAGACGCAGCCAAGAACCAGCGAUGGAGAAGCAGGUGGCCCGCAGGAUGCCCAGGCCUGGGUGGAGGCUGCUGUGGUCGUCCACAGGGGCUUGGAUGAGAAUGAGGAGGAAAGACACCGAACUCAGAACAGGCCUGGCUCCCCAGCCUGUCCCCAGGGCCCUGCGCCCUUGGCCUCCUUCCAAGAUGACCUGGACUUGGGCUCCAGUGAAGGUAGCAGCCCCAACCCAUCUCCACCUGCUGGGAAGGAACCUCACCCCCUAGCACAGAAGCACCAGGCCUGCAGGGGCACACGGGACCACUUCUAUGACUUUGCCUUAAUUGAUGAUGCUUCUGUGUCAGAGGAUGGGCCCCGAGAGGGGCAGCCGUGGGAGACAGCUCUGCCCAGCAACAGCUGGCAGCAGUACCCAAGGACAAAGGAGGUGGAGGAGGAGAAGUCUGUAGACGCAGGUGUGGAGGAGCCUGAGGAGGAAGAGGAAGACUUGUACUACGGACUGCCAGACAGCCCCGGGGACCCCCUCCCCGACAAAGAACUGGGCUUUGAGCCAGACACCCAGGGCUAAGGUGGAACUGCGCUCAAGUUUCUAGACUGACCUCUCAGGGCUUCAGUUUCCCUAUCUGCGAAAUGGGAUCAUAGGGAGGAUUAACGGAGACAGUGGACCGAAGAGCAUUCUGAGAACUCUGGAGGAACACCAGGGAGGAGAGGGGCUCUUCCAGUAGUUAGCUCUCAAUGGAAAGCUCUUUUUUUUGAGGCAGGGGAGGGUCCUGGGGAUUGAACUCAGGGGCACUCAA